GGACUUUUGUAAUUUUUUCUUAAAUUUUUUGUAAACUCUUGUUAAAAAUGAGUAUUAAUAGCUGCUGUGUUCCUUGUGAGAAGCCUGAUCUCGAGGACGAUAGAUGGAUGGCAAUACAUAAGCGAUUCCUUCAAGAUUGCCUAGAAAAAGAUCCAGAAAUCGUAUUUAUUGGGGACGAUAUUCUUGAAGGAUUAGUGUCAACAGAGAUGUAUAGAAGCUUUGAAGACAUGCACGUAUUAAACUUUAGUAUUAGAGGUGAUUUUAUCGAAAAUAUUUUAUGGCGAAUAGCUAACGGGGAACUUGAGAAAGUAAAGCCAAAAAUUAUUGUGCUGAACUGCGGGACUAAUAAUACACCAACAAAUACAGCGGAAGAGAUCUCAGAAGGUAUCAUGCAAUGUGUGGAAGAAAUUCGUAAAAAGCGAGCUGGAUCUUUCAUUAUUUUACUUACAUUACUUCCGAGAGGCCACAAGCCUAAUCCACUGCGUGAAAAGAUCGACACUGUUAAUUCAAUAAUUCAGGAAAAGUGUCAUGGCUUGCAGAAAGUACAAAUCAUUGACAUUUCAAAAGGAUUAGUCCAGAACGACGGAACAAUAAGUCAUCAUGAUUUAUAUGACUACCUCAACUUAACCAAUGCUGCUAGUAAAAAACUUUUUGAACCUGUCCUGGAUGUCUUAAAUCAGAUCUUAAAUGAGAAUGAAAAGGAGCUUUUAACACCAUCGGAAUAAAAAUCUCAUUAUUUAUAAUAUACAUUGCAAUUACUCAACAACAAAAGCUUAUGUUGAGCAUUUAAAAUAUACCACAAAAAAGAGAAAUCAUUGGAAUUAAACAGUUUUCUUUUGGAUGGAUGCUCGCCUUGCUUUUUAAUAAAAACAUCAAUAAUUAU